CCGACUGUCGCGUCGGGAGCCUGGUCUAAAGGGCAGCGGCCUCGCGCACCUGCUUCUGCCCUGCCCGACAGAGGCGUUGCCGAUACCGACUCGCCCCCACCGACCCCUACCCGCUCCAGACAGAUCUCGAGCUCGCAAGUCAAACUAAAAAAAUACUUCACGGGAGAGCGAGACUAGGAGCAGAUGAGGCCACGCAGGACGAGAGAGGCGCCUUCGAUGACGAACAAGGAUGGUGGAGGAGGAGGAGGAGGAGGAGGAGGAGGAUCGACCAGCCCAGGAGCGCGAGCGGGAUCCGCACGCGCCUCGGCUCAUGAAGGGGUGGCUCCGCACCGCCAGCUCGACUGAUGGGUGAAGCUGCCUCUGGCUCUGCCGGGGAAUGGGAACCCGCUCGGCAAACGAGGAUAGUACGCAAAAGGAGGAGAAGGAGGAGGAGAAGGAAGAGGAGGAGGUUAGUAGCAGGAGGAGGAGGAGGAGGAGCUUCGAACGAGCCAACGAGCGUCGCCACGCAAAGCCUGCUAACGAGGCCCUUUGCAGGCACAGAGGCUGCGAAAUCGGCUGCUACUGCAGCCACGGCGAUCAGCACGGCCGUCUUGUUGGCCGAGACCGUUGCGUGCGCCGGGGCGGCUUCAAACUGCUUGGAGUCCGCCUGGGCAUGCUGCUGCUGCCGACUGCGGGGAUUUGCACGACUCGGCGAUGAGCAGGAUGAGGCCGAUGCAGGGGGAGGAGGAGGAGGAGGAGGAGGAGGAGGAGGAGGAGGAGGAGGAGGAGGAGGAGGAGGAGGAGGAGGAGGAGGAGGAAGAGGAGGAGGAGGAGGAGGAGGA